ACGUUCAUUGCUCUUAAUAAACACUUGUCACACAUUGCCUUUAUUACAAAACAUUAUCAAAUUUUUGACCGCAAUGGACUCUCUCACACUACUAUGGUACGACUACUUAAUCUUCAUUUUGGUCCUACUUUUUAGCAUUUCAAUCGGUAUUUAUUUCGGUUUCUUCGCCAAAAACAACCAAUCAGACCCUUCGGAGUACCUCCAAGGCAAGAAACAGAUGAGCCCUCUCCCAGUUGCCGUCUCACUAACCGCAAGUUCCACCUCCGUUUCCAUUCUUCUGAGCUACAGUUCAGAAGCGUACAGUUUUGGCGCCAACACGUUUUUGCUCAUUUUUGGCAUGAUUAUAGCCUACUGUGCCAACAAAUUCAUCUAUUUGCCCGUGUUCUACAGUCUUGAAAUUGACACAGUUUAUGAAUAUUUGGAGAAACGGUUUGAUAAAAGGGCAAGACAACUCGCAUCAAGCAUUUUCACGAUUUGUUGCGUCUGUUUCAUGUCCAUGACCAUUUAUACGCCGGCUUUGGCCCUAUCAGCUGUCACCGGAUUUAAACUACAAUACAUUAUAGUGGGGGUCAGCUGUGUUUGCAUUUUUUACACAAGUGUUGGCGGCUUUAAGACCGUUAUUUGGACCGAUGUGCUGCAAUUUUUCGUGGUUUUGGCUUCUUUGCUCACUACUUUGGGCCUAGCAGUUGGGUCAAGUGGCGGUUUUAGGCAAAUGUGGCACAAAGCGGUGACAAGUGGCCGUUUGGAUAUUUUCGAAUUUGAUCCAAAUCCGACGCGACAUAGCAGUGUUUGGAUUAUAGUAAUCGGAUAUUCGUUCACAUUUAUGUCAAUCACUUGUGUUGAUCAGAUUUUUGUCCAGAAAACUCGCUCGAUUCGCAACAUUGAAAGCGCGUCAAAAGCCUUGAUUUUUUUCACAGUUGGUCACUAUUUUAUUGUUGUUGUUUGUAUUUUGUUGGGCUUGGCUAUGUAUGCAAAAUAUUGGAAUUGUGACCCAGUCAGUGCCAAUUUUAUCCAAAAACCGGACCAGUUACUGCCUUAUCUUGUUAUGGAUGUGGGGAAUCAAAUCCCCGGAGUUUCCGGGAUUUUUGUUUCAGCAAUUUUCAGCUCGAGUUUGAGUCUUCAGUCAGCAAUUUUGAACUGUUUGUCUGGUUCAAUAUACUCGGAUUUUUUAAAACCAUUUGUAGGGGAAAUCCCCGAAAGCAGAAUUUUGAAAUUGACAGUCCUGGGACUUGGUGUUUUAUGCACAGUUUUGGCUUUUGUAAUACAAUAUUUAGGGACUUUAUUCCACAUUAUUUUUACGAUAGUAGGGGCGACAGGAGGCCCUAUUUUAGGGAUGUUCACUUGCGGGCUUUUGGUACCAAGAAUUAACUCCAAGGCAACAUUUUAUGGUACUCUCUCUGGAUUUGUGAUUUGUCUGAGUAUUGCUUUACCAGCAACUUAUUACCAGGCCCAAAGUGGACAAAACCAAUAUUUGAAACCCAUUUCGACCAGUUGUUUGAAUCAAACUUUGCGAAAUGAAACUACAACUGACCAAUCGAAGUCUCCCUGGUUGUUUCAAAUUUCAUACUUUUACUAUUCAGUCAUUGGUACAAUUGUCACAGCAAUUGUGGCAUUUUUCGUUAGUUGUAUGACUCAAAAAAAGAAUUUUCAUGUCGACAAAAAUUUAAUUAGUCCAAUCGCUCGUUUUCUCGUGGAAAAAGGUGCUAAAACUCGUCAAUCGAUACAAUAUUCGAGUGUGAAUCAAGAACCGCCCCAGCUCGUGUUUAAUUAGUUGCCUAACAAUGUAUUUAAUCCAAUAAAACGUACCAACAA